AUUUCUCGGUCAUCGUCACAGGCAUCUGUCGUUCUUACCAGCCCCGUUCCUUGCUAUCUUGUCCUACUAUCUUCUGUCUGUGACAGCUACGCCGAACAUUCAGGACACUCACGAAUAUCAGUAUGGGAUGUGUUGAGCUCGUUAGGAGACCUAGGUGUGAACCCGGACAAAUUAGAUGCGUAUUGUGUUUCUGAAUGGAAGGACCUGGGGAGGUAUGCGAGCAGCAGUGCCAGGAGACUCGACGAUCUCUUAGAAUUCAGA